AUGAUGGAAGGAUUGAAAAAACGUACCAGGAAGGCCUUUGGUAUACGCAAGAAAGAAAAGGAUACUGACUCCACGGGGUCGCCAGACAGGGACGGCAUCAAGAAAACAAAUGGAGCCCCGAAUGGAUUUUAUGCGGAGAUCGACUGGGACAGAUACAAUUCACCUGAGCUUGAUGAGGAGGGAUACAGCAUCCGACCUGAGGAACCAGGCUCUACCAAAGGAAAGCACUUCUACUCCUCGAGCGAGUCCGAAGAGGAGGAGGAGGCGCACAAGAAGUUCAACAUCAAGAUCAAGCCGCUGCAGGCGAAAGACGUCCUGAAGAGCGCGGCCACGGUGGACGAGCUGAAGGCGUCGAUAGGCAACAUCGCCCUUUCUCCAUCCCCCGUGGUGAGUCCUCGGAAAAGUCCGGGGACGAUUAAAAGGAAUUUAUCCAGUGAGGAGAUCGCUCGGCCCCGGCGCUCCACGCCGACGCCAGACCCUGCCAGCAAGAAAGCCGUGGAGGACCCCGCCGCGCUGUUCUUCGGGCCCCCGCUGGAGUCGGCGUUUGAGGAGCAGAAGCUGGACGCUACUCUGGAUCAGCCUGAGAUAUGGGGUUCGGUCCAGCCCGUCAACGCGAGCGUGGAGCCCCCAAAGUUACCGAGACCUUUCCCAACUGGAAGUAAGUGACCCCCCCAACCCCCGAGCGCGACUCGGUUAACGCCAAGUGUAAAAUAAACUGCUUUGACCGCAGGAGGGGACCAGGCAGCGGCCGAGCUCAAACGUGGCAAACUCCCGUCCAUCACUGACUUGGACAGCAUUUUCGGCCCCGUGCCGUCCCCCAAGUCCGCUGCUGUUAGCGCAGAAGACAAGUGGGUCAAUUUUUCCGAUCAGUCCCCGGAAAACACAACACCGGAGCUGACGCCCUGGGAAAAAGCGGGGUCCCCGGCAGCGGGCAGCCCGGCCGAAGACCCGCCGCGAGCCCUCCCGCCGCUCCCCUCGCCGCUCAACCUGGAGGAGGUUCACAAGAAGGUCUCUGAGCAGCCCCACCUUAAGGAUGACAACGUGGAGCCGGUCGCCUCUCCCAAGGAAUUUGGGCCGGGACAAAGAGCAACCCCGCCACCCCCUCCGCCGCCCACCUACCGGACCGUGGUCUCCUCACCCGGACCGGGCGCCAGCAGCGGCACGGGAAGCACCAGCGCACCUUUAGCCCGCGCCGAAAGUACUUCUUCCAUCUCUUCCACCAACUCCCUGAGCGCAGCCACCACUCCCACCUCCAGGCCUUUUAGCCCUCCUAUUCACUCAUCCAGCCCUCCUCCGAUAGCACCUUUAGCCCGCGCCGAAAGUACUUCUUCCAUCUCUUCCACCAACUCCCUGAGCGCAGCCACCACUCCCACCGUUGAGAAUGAACAGCCUUCCCUCGUUUGGUUUGACAGAGGAAAGUUUUAUUUGACUUUCGAAGGCUCAUCGCGGGGACCCAGCCCCCUCACCAUGGGGGCACAGGACACCCUGCCCGUCGCCGCUGCCUUCACGGAGACCGUCAACGCGUACUUCAAAGGGGCUGACCCGAACAAGUGUAUCGUGAAGAUCACGGGGGAGAUGGUGCUGUCGUUCCCAGCGGGCAUCACCCGACACUUUGCCAACAACCCGGCUCCGGCGGUGCUCACCUUCCGCGUGCUGAACUACAACCGGCUGGAGCACGUCCUGCCAAACCCCCAGCUCCUCUGCUGUGACAACACGCAGAGUGACGCCAGCACGAAGGAGUUCUGGGUCAACAUGCCAAAUCUGAUGACCCACCUCAAGAAGGUAUCGGAACAGAAACCACAGGCCACCUAUUACAACGUGGAUAUGCUCAAAUACCAGGUAUCUGCCCAGGGUAUUCAGUCUACUCCAUUAAACCUUGCAGUGAGCUGGCGGUGUGACCCUGCAAGCACUGACCUCCGCAUUGACUACAAAUACAAUACAGAGGCAAUGACCACACCGGUCGCUCUAAACAACGUCCAGUUCCUCGUCCCCGUCGACGGAGGAGUAACCAAGCUCCAAGCCGUGCUCCCUCCCGCUGUCUGGAACACCGAGCAGCAAAGGAUAUUGUGGAAGAUCCCCGAUAUCUCUCAGAAGUCAGAAAACGGAGGUAAAUACUUGGCCGAUAAUUGA